CAAUGGUAUAUUAUUUUCCAUGUGUUAGUGAGAUGCUUAGAUUUAGGAUUUUACUAAAAUAUACAUUUUUCGAAUUGUAUAAAUACCACUAUAAUACAUAUCAAUCCCUUCAAGUAUUUUCUACAAACUUAUAAUCUUAAUUAUUUAAGACAUUUCACAGAUCAACCAAAAAUAUGUCGUCGAGCCAGCAAUUGAGCCACAGCGCCGGAGAAGUCACCGGUCAAGUUCAGCUGAAGAAGGAAGAGUACUUGAACAAUGUAUCACACGCAAUGAACCAGAAUGCUGAUCAUCACACUCACUCACAGUCACAGUUACACUCAGAGCAUGAUCAGAGCAAUCCUUCCCUAAUUUCCCAGGCCUCUAGUGUCAUCCAACAGACUGGUGGACAAGUGAAGAACAUGGCACAAGGAGCAGCCGACGCUGUGAAGAACACUCUCGGGAUGAGUCCGGCCACCAACAGCCCUAGCAGCCCCGCUGGGACGGCCCGCUCGAGCAAGCCCGGUUCCAAGAAUAUUUAAAAAUGAAUUAUUUAAGAAGUAUUGGCCCAAUCUUUUCCAAUAAAAUAAAAAUGAAUCUUGUUUUCUGAUUGCUUUGGUUGUUUAAAUUUCUGAAUUUUGGGUAUAUUAUUGUACUGGAGACAUUUAUAAGUGUCUUAUAACCCCUAGUGAGGGUUUUUAUAUUAUAAAUUAGUCAUAAAAUUAUAUUAUUUAUUUCUUCUUUAUAUAAGAAAAAAGAAUUUCAAAUGUACGUACGAAUUCGAUCACAAGGUGUAGUGAAUUUUUUUAAGAAGUUUCUUAUAACA